AUGAGUACCAAGAUUCGUGUCGUGGUUACCUCUUUUGGUCGUCCAUUUUUGGAAAGCCUUCCACCUCAUACGCGGAAGAUUACAAUGCCUGAAACUAGAGUAUUAUACACUGUUCUCCGGUCACCUCACAUUGACAAAAAGUCUAGAGAACAAUUCGAGACAAGGACCCAGAAAUGUGUACUGGAUAUUAAAGCGGAGAGGCAUGAAUUGCACCAGAAGUUAUUUUGGUUAAAACGACAUCGCAUGUUUGGAGGUCAAAUGGAAGUCCAAGUGUUUUCCAAGACUCGUCUAGACCCUAAGCUUUUGCCUCUCCCGCAGAGAAAGCCUUAG